AUGAGUUCAGACAAGCAAGACAACAAAGAAUUCGGUCAAUUGGGCGACAUUGCCAAGAAAUUGCAAGCAUCACAAGGUGAAGGCGGUAGCAAUGAGCAAGAUUUAAAAGCUCAAGCUGCUGAAGCUUAUGGCAAAUUUGAAAAAUUGUCCGACAAGGAAAAAGAAGAUUUGGUUAAAGGAGGGUUGGGAAAACUUGAAGAGACCACGCCAUAUAAAAAGAAUCAUAUUUAUCUAGUUGUGUUUUCAAUUUACCACCACAAACUUAGAACCUCACCUGAAGUGCCAUAUAACAUAUUCACAGACCCACUAAAAAUGAGUUCACAAAAUACCAAUAAACCUGCAAAUGAAUCAACCAACACUACCGCCGAGAAUAACCAGAAUAGCAACAAUAACAACAACAACAAUGGAGCCGCCCACAGUGAAUUAGAUCAACAAGAUUUAAACCAGAUUCAAGACGUCGCCAAAAAGAUAUUAAACCCCAACAAUGAAAAUCCUCAAAUGAAUGAAUACAUUCAAUCAACCAUGUCAUAUAUUGGAAACAUGAUGCACAAGAUGCAAACGACUAAUGAUAAAGAUGCUACGGCAAAGGAAAUUGCUGAUGACUUAACAACUAAAUUCAAUAAUUGGAAAGAAGAACGAGAAAAGAACAAGAAAGAAGAGACCAAUGGGCAAACUAGUACCGAGGAGAAGGAGAAGAAGUGA